AAUAAAGUCAAAACCCUAACUACGCAUUCUUGGAAAGAAUCAAAGACAGAGAGAGAAGAUGACGGAGAAGCCAGAUGAUGAAGGGAAGAAGGCGAACGCAGAAGGAGGAACACAGGGAGAGGGAGGAUCGAAGAUGACGGAGGUGAAGAAGCCAGAUGAUGAAGGGAAGAAGACGAACGCAGCACAGGGAGAGGGAGGAUCGAAGAUGACGGAGGUGAAGAAGCCAGAUGAUGAAGGGAACGCAGAAGGAGGACCGAAGAUGACGGAGGCGAAGAAGCCAGAUGAUGAAGGGAACGCAGAAGGAGGAACACAGGAAGAGGGAGAGAGCAUUCAAAAAGCCGUACGAUUGAUCUUCACAGCUAGGUUCGAUCAGAUUUUCCGAUACAUUGGACACAAACUUCCAGCCACUCAAACUUACCUUCAAGGCACAUCCAACCUCUUAGAUCGCUCCGUAACCAAGACCACUACCACUUUUGCCGGACGGAGAGUGGUGCCUCCCAGGGUUGUCACAGGAAACAAAGGCGCUUCUAUGAGAUUAGGGGCUUAUGCAGGUUCUGUUGCUGCGUGGUUUGUAUGUCGUCAUGCAAAGGACAUUGUUGUACAUUUCUUUGGAAGCCAUAAGAAGAAGAAGGAAAAACAGUUGCUAGAAAAACAAAGGGCAGAGUAUGAGAUGGAGAAGUCUGCGCGCAGAGCAGAGAAAGAAGAAACCAUGUCAGCUUUGGUCAAUGAUGUUACAGUACUUCAACGUGAGGUGAAAGAGCUGAAUGAGUGGAAAGUGGGUGUUGUAAGAGCUUUUUCAUCAUCUCAUCGUUCGUUGAUCAACAGAAACACUCUCACUACUGGUCAAAUCGCAAAUGAGGAGAUUAGGAAAGCCAGGAAUUACUUUGCUCAGAGGCGUUUCUAAUAAAUACUAGUUUACAUUUUAUCAAGACAAACUACUGACACUUGGCUGCUGAUAAGAGAUGAGGGAGGAAAGGUGUUUUUUUAGUAACAGUAUGUUUGCAACUCUAGCAUGUGUAGACAUCUGUCUUUUCAAAACUUUGAAUCUUUUCGGUUUAUUAUAAUGUUUGAUGUGCAGACAUCUGCCUUGAAAAUCUUGAACCUUUUUAGUUAUUAUAAGUUCUUCUAUC